AAAGUAUGAAACUGUGGCUGCUGUAAAACACUAAAGAUAGAUAUAAAGUUAUAAAAGUAAAGAAAAAGGUGAAGAUGUGGGUUAAUUUCAAUCAAUUUGCAAUGUAAUGAUAACAUUUUUGUUACCUUAACAGGGUUGUGAAAAUCUCGCCAAGCGUGAAGCUUGUAACAGACCGGAAGGAGAUUGUAGCUGCCAGGCUGGCCUGUCCUGUGUGUUGACGAAAAAAAUGAUCUUGGAUGGAAACGCUAUCCCUGUGAAACAGUGCAUGCCAGAAGGAAUGGAAAUUAACGUAGAAACAGUGGACUUUGAUAACGAGGAACAGACCAGCUCCUCUUUCAGAGCCAAACGAUUUCUUGGAAUCUUUACGAGAUGUUCUUCCGAAGACGACUGCGCUGCAAACUUCUGCUGUCCGAUCCUACUACACCGGUGUCUUCCAAAAAUCCUGGAAAACGGCGCUUGCAACUUUAAUAACCUUCAUAAGUGCGGGUGCAUGGACGGGCUGGUGUGCCAAAAGACAACAGACAUUGCCAUAUUGCCAGGCAUUAAUUUCCCUCUUGAACAGUGCGUCAAGAUGUGAAUGUGGCUGAAAGUUGUACAUGUAGAUAGAGCAGUAGUUAGAUUGAAGAAGACAAACCACUGUAACAAGUCAAAGACAAAAUAAAACGAGGUUUUGGAGAGCCCAAAAUAAGGCUGGCUGGCGUAUUCAUAGAGACGGUUCUCAAAUGGACAAGCGGGCAAUAAGGGGUUUGGUGGACUUUACUAGAAGAUAUUUAUGAGAUUUUAUUUCUCUUCUUUUCGUGACCGCAUGGUUAUACCAAAAGUCAGAAAUGUUUAGCGUGGGGAUACGCUUCACUGAGAUCACGGCCGAACCCUUCUGUUUCUCGUUCCAGUUCUAAUUUAAAUACAAAGAGAAACUGCAUGUUGUGCUAGUUGGAGACACUGUAAAUAAUUAUGCAAGUAUUUCAAAUAGAGUAUAAUCUAUUAGGAACCCCAACUGGUGGGAGGUUAAGCAGUUGGUAAUUUACAGAACACGGUCGAAGAGUUGAACUCGGGAUUGCCGAGAACAAAUUAGAUGUGAGCGGUAGGGUGGAACCAGGGAGGGUUGAACCAGGGACUUCCAGAUUUCAAAUCCAACGUCCUAAACCACUCGGCCACACCACCUCCACUAAACAUGGAAUUUUGUUUUUGUUUUUCUUUGUUUUUGUUUUUUAUUUGUUGCACACACUGGUUCCAAUACUUACACGGCUACUUACACUACUUGCAAGGCCAAUACAUAUACUUACAUUACUUAUAAUACUUUUUAUUCAAUGUGAUUAAUUCCGUCACUUACAAUACUAAGGCUAAGGUAAAUAACUACAUACAAUACAAUACGAUCACUUACGCCGAGUACUAACAAUACUGAUGCUUACACUAUACAGUACAGUACGAUAACUCAUGUUACAUACAAUACCAAUUAACACUACUUACACUGCAAUACGAUUACCAACGCCACCCAGUCACGAUAUAAUUCGAUUACUUUUGCUACUUAAAACCUUUACACUUAUGUCCAGGAUUGAACGCAAAGUAGUGUUUAAUUAGUACUUUAUAUUUGGCAGGGUUAUUUGACAUUUUCAUAUUACUUCAUAUUUGACAGAAUUGUGUGUUUUGGUGACUUUUUAUCAAUGAGGACACUUUGUGAUGCUUACCAUGAGGAAUGUGAAUCUCAUUAGCGUUCAACCC